AUGGCAUUUUGGCGAAAUAGACAUGAAUCACCAGCCAUUUCACAAGAAAGAAGCCCCAGUCCUGACAGGUUCCAAAAUAGUGAAGAUAUAAGGGAAGAUAAUAAUAAUUAUAAUGAGGAUGAAAAAUUAGGAUGGUUUGCUUCGUUCAUGGGAAUGUUUUCAUUACCUUACGACUGGUACUUAUCUAUCAACGAAGAUAUAGCUGUGAUUGACUGGGAUAGUAAGUCAAACUCGGUAGCAUGGCCUUUAGGAAAUGUUCUAACCUUCCUUUUCUUCUCCGUACGAUUAUUGCAGGACAAUGUGAUAGCCCCAAACAUCAAUAAGCUAACUCAUUCUGAUGAUGCAUUUGACUUUUCAAAAUCUAAGAAUCUUCAGAAAUAUGAUUAUUUUCAGCAGUAUGGAGGUUCCGCUUCUUCAAGCGAAAAUUUAUACUACAAAAUGUUAAGACAAUUGCACCGCCUGUUUUAUCUGCUGACGGUGUUGUUAUUAAUCACUAAUAUUUCGGUAACUUAUAGAUAUCUUUUCGCGCAUUUCCAGACCUACUCGAUUUUUUAUUGGAAAACUGUUCCGAAGUCGAAGAAUGUAACCAAAAAAUCACUUCAUGAUUUGAACCAUACCUACGUCGAAGACGCCAAAAGAGACUCUUUAUGGGGGAUGAUUAAGUAUCUCUUGUUCAAUGGGUCUCACGAUGAUGAGACAAAUAGAGCCCAUUAUUAUGAAUUACGAAAAUGGACACCAAGCAGGUUUCUUACAUCUUUUUUUGUCUCAUUUUCUCCAAUUGCAUUCUGUUUCUUGUGGAUGACAGAUGUUACUUUCAAAACUCUUAUUCCAAUCAUUAUUCACCAAUAUGUUUUAUGGUUUAUUGUUAUUGAUCGAUACGAGCAGAAAUUGAAGGAUGAGCAGAUUUUGAGCAUGUCCAGUGUGGCUGAAUUAAAUUCAAAAGUUAUUCAACCUAAAAUGAAUGUCUUGAAGCAAGAUGCGAUGGUUGACGCAACACCUUAUAACGAUGGAAUAGUUUACUUCUAUCCGGCUUACACCACUACAAGGUCGCACGUCUUUGCAACCCACACUUUGAGUGGGAAACUUAGUAAAGAAAAGUAUAAUCCUCGCACAGAUUCAUUCGAGGAUGCCAAUUCACAGCGUACGGAAAACUACGUAAGGUUCUCGUACCAUCACCCUAAGUCAAUAAAUGGUGCUUAUGUACGAGAAUCGUAUCCUAGCAGACAGCAUAGUCCGCGUUUGAGCCCUUCUCGCUAUUCUCAUCUUCAAAGUGGUAAUACACCUUCCGCUCCCUCCACGCCACUUCUAAUACCAUCUCAACAACCUCAUUUCGAUCAUUCCAUGUUGGCCAAUGCAUCUAGAAAUCAUAAUAUAAGUGAGAGAAGAAACUCUCAUAGUCCUAUUAAACAACACUUUGCAAAUAGGUUACUAAACUAUCCGGAUGAAACAAAUGAUAGCAUACCCGAUGUGUCUGAUGACAGAUUCAGAAUGGAUGAUCGUUUCAGAAGAGGCAGACAAGGCUAUUUCAAUCGAUCUCCCGACAUCAAUUCUGGUACGUUACAUUACGAUGAUGGUGAUGAUGAUGAUAACCGUAUAUCAAAGUCUCCCUUUCGGAAUUCAUCGUCUUCACCAUUUCGGUAG